GUGGAUGGAUGGAGAAAGACCCGUAGCUGCUUGGAUUUCUUUCGGUUUGGGACCCCGGCAAUGUAUCGGGAUGAGAUUGGCAUACAUGGAGGAAAAACUUGUUCUUGCUCACUUGCUUAAGCGCUUUGACAUAACGACUACCGAGGAGUGUAAGAUCUUCUUCAAGCGCUUACCUGGUAUCGUUCAGGCACGUGCAGCAGUGCAGCAUGUCCCAAAGCAAUCGCUUGCUUCUAGUAAAUAAAA